AACUAGUUGGCAGUGAUCAAAUUAUAUGUCGACAGUGAUACGCAUGCAGGAUUUGGAAUACGGUGGUCAUUAUUAAAAUACUUAUGUUCUACAGAAUCAAACGCUUCUAUUGUCUUGUUAUAUCAGCUACCGCGAUGUGAUCGAAACCCAGCCGAUCACGACAAUACAUGCACACUACAUCUUCAUGAAUCGUAGAUAGUGCGAUGUUAUAAAUUGUGUUAUUUUGAUACUUAAAACUUGCCCUGCCGCUUACCAUUAGCAAAAUGGAUGACGACGGAGAUGAUAAAGAUGACUCCAAAAGGAGGACUAGGAAUAUGAGUGAGAAGAAAAGACGAGACCAGUUUAAUCUCCUAGUCAAUGAACUGAGCAGCAUGGUGUCUUCAAAUAAUCGGAAGAUGGACAAAUCUACAGUCUUAAAAUCAACUAUAUCAUUCCUGAAAAACCACAAUGAAAUAACAGUUAGAUCAAGAGUCCAUGACGUACAGGAAGACUGGAAACCGGCAUUUUUGUCAAAUGAAGAAUUUACAUAUUUAGUUUUGGAAGCACUUGAGGGCUUUGUGAUGGUCCUCUCUGGUAGCGGCCAUGUGUAUUAUGUAUCGGAGAGCAUAACAUCAUUACUGGGCCACAAUAUGUGUGAUGUGGUGAACAAAAGUAUAUUUGAUUUAGCUUUUGAGGAUGACCACCCAAACUUGUACAACAUACUUCAGGGUCCCGCCACAGCAGUAGACGCAAUACAAAGAAGAGGGCAAGAUACCGAGAUACGGUUCCAGUGUCACCUGAGACGCGGUACUCUGGAUUUCAGAGACGAAAUCACGUACGAACUGGUCGAGUUCAGUGGACACUUUCGUACAAACACUGAGCCGCUAGAUAAUGAAGACUUGCCUUAUAGAGCGGAUCACGAAUCCAGAUUAUUCGUGUGCACGGGGCGCCUGCACACGCCGCAGCUGAUCCGCGACGUGUCGCUAGUGGACUCGACCCGCAACGAGUUCACCUCGCGCCACAGCUUCGAGUGGAAGUUCCUGUUCCUCGACCACCGCGCGCCGCCCAUCAUCGGCUAUCUGCCGUUCGAGGUGCUCGGCACCUCCGGCUACGAUUAUUACCACUUUGACGAUCUAGAGAAGGUUGUCAAUUGCCAUGAAGCUCUCAUGCAAAAAGGAGAACUAACGUCUUGCUACUACCGGUUCCUGACUAAAGGCCAGCAAUGGAUUUGGUUGCAGUCACGGUUUUACAUCACCUACCAUCAAUGGAAUUCGAAACCAGAAUUCGUAGUCUGUACUCAUCGUGUUGUAAAUUACGCCGACGUAGCAAAAAGCGGGAAACAAGAAGCUGUGGAGCCGGAGCCGGCGGUUCCCGAGGGGCUGAAGGAGAGUAAAGCGGAGAAGCCGGCCGAGGAGCCGCUCGCGGACAUGUCCCCCACGUACAUGUCCGAGCCGUGCGACUCGUACACCGCCUCCUACUCGGCCGUGUCGAGGCCGGCGUCAGUGAAGUCUGCGUCGGGCAGUUCGACGGGCACGACGGCGACGACGGGCGCGCCGUCGGUGUACACGUCGUGGCCGCGCGCGUGCACGCGCUACGCCAGCCCCGAGUCGUCCCGCUACGCGCCCGCCGAGGCGAGCCGGUACGCGCCCGGCUGCGACACCGGCUCGCUCUCCGGCGACUCGCGCUCCUCGCAGCGGAACAACACUCGCACGGUCAGUAUACACCUCAAGAACGAGCCGGUGCUGGUGCCGCAGCGCGCGAUCGGCGCGCAGUACCUGGAGCCGGCGCCGUACGUGGGCGCGGUGGGCGUGCCCGCGCCGGUGGUGUCGGUGGUGCCGGCGCUGCCAGCCGUGCUGCCGCUGUCGCUGCCAUCGCUGCCCGUCAUCGUCACGCCCGACCAGGCGCAGGUGCAGGAGCAGCUGCAGCAGAAGCACGAGCAGCUGCAGCAGAUGAUCGUGCGGCAGCAGGAGGAACUGCGCCAGGUCAAGGAGCAGCUGCUGCUGGCGCGCCUCGGCAUGCUGGAACCCUUGCCCGCCGUGACGAACACAUACGUAAAUAACGAGACCCAAAACCCGGCACGGCUGCCCGGCGAGCUGGUGUACGAGGAGUCGGACCGCGUGCUGGCCGUGGCGGGCUACGCGCCGCCCCCGGCCCCGCCGCAGUGA